CGAGAAGCGACGUGGUUUUUUCUCAUAUUUCAACGAGUUGGAAGAACGAUAGUAGUCAAGUCGUGGCAUGAAAUCUUUCGACGAAAUUUUGUUUCAUUACAAAAGCUGAUUAGUUGGACGUUCGUGUGUUAAAUAUUCGUUUGACGAGAAUUAUAUCGACGCUGAAAUAAGUAGUAAGACGUAUUGGAUCGUGACUGGCAAAUUCAAGUAGCUAGAAGUGAUCUUCUAAUUAGACAUAGUUAUUGACGAUACGAUGAACGACGCGAACGAAAGAGAAGACGUGCCGAGACGAGCGUUUGUUUGGGAUGAUAGUAACAGCAGCACAUCCGAAAGCGAAGAGGAAGAUGACGCAACGCAUUACCGCGUUUUCCGCUGCCAGCUAUGCGGACAGGCCAUUGGUGAAGGCUCGAGAAGCAAAAAAUCGAACUCCAGAGCCCUCGCCUUGCCAUGCGGACAUCAGUUGCACAAAAAAUGCAUGAAAAAGCAUAAUGUCGAGGUGCCGGGUGAUUGUCCGGUGGUCCGGUGUAAAAAAUCCGGUAAAGUCGAUCCGGCCACAUGGGUAAAAUUACGAGGUGGCACGACGGAGAUUUCGAGACGGGCCAACGAAGAUAACGAAUCGCUGCGGGAAAGAUUGCGGGAUGCGGAACGACAGGUACAAACGCUGAUCGAGCAAAACGAGUCGCUCAUGAGAAAUACGCCGAGAACCGAAUUGGAGCUACGAGAACGCGAGCUGAAAAUCGCAAUCGACGAAGCGGUGCGUCUGCGUAAAGAAUUAGACGAGCUGCAGGCUACCGCUACUGCACUUGCUGAUCGGAAUCGGGUCCUCCUACUAGCGCAUGAAGGCAAGGAAGAACCGACGCCAGAGGAGCUGGUGGAAGACGCCUACGCGAUCGAGAAAGAAAAACGAGACUUUGACGUGCGGUUCGAUGCGGAAAACAGAGCUAUCCGCGACAGACGUUACCAGCAGUUCGAGGAAGCGUUGCGCGAGAACGACACGAGUUUCGAACGAGCAUUAAGCGCAAUAAGUCGAGCGCGUAGCUUUAAUCAUAUUGAAGACCACCGUGUCAUGAUGCUGCUGGACCUGGAUCGCCAAGCAGAGGAGCGCGAGAUUACCUUGACUGAGAUACUCGAUGGUUUGGACGUUGUGCCGGUGUUAGGAGGUGUUGAGCUGCCGGUGGCUAUGCAGAUGAUCGGUUUGAACAGCCGUUUAGAGGAGCUGUCAAUUUCUUACGAAGACAUCUUCGAGCUGUUGAACAACGAGACCGAACGAGCACGGAUCACCGUAAGGCGGUUGCAAAGACAAGCGGAAGCGAGGCCAUCUACGACCGAGGAGCCUGCAAUCGACGAGCAGCCCGAAGCAAUAAAAAUAGAGGCGGUAGAGCAGCCUAUAGAAAACGAGAAGCCACCGACGCCAAGUGUUGUUAUUCCGGUCCUGUCACCCGAGGUUAUCUCGAAAGUUAACAGAGGAGCCUCGUUAAACUACGAAAGCGUCGAAGACUUGAGUACUCCGAAUUCGGGUAAGAAUAGCGAAGUAAGCCCUCGAGCUGACGAAAGAGUGUCGAGACGUGUUACACGAAAGAGAACGAGUGAGAGUACGUCGGCUGAGAGCUCUGCGUCCAAAAUAUCUCGUAGUAGUGACAUUCCCGAUGGGGUACUAAUUGCGUCUUUAAAACUGUGUUUAGAAAGAGCAAGUAGAGACGAUUUACGUGGUGAAAUCCAAAGGCUGUUAGACAUGCGAGGAGAUGCUGAAAAUGAUGCAAAACCGAACUCCGAUGAGGCAGAAAACCUGAUUCGGAAAACUCUGCUUGAAGCGAAAGUAAAGAAGCAAGAGUCGACACCGAAGACAGAGAAGCGACCAGUGGACGUCGUGACGGGUACGCCAGCGUCAGACGCCGACAGCAGCACAAGAAAAAGUGAGUCUCGUUCGAGCCGAAAGGAUACGACUACGGAAGGUUCGUCGUCAAAGAAAUCUGUCCGUUCGAGUGCGUCGAAGUCGGGCGUUUCCGGCGUCGAGUCGAUCAAACGAGGCAGAUCAAGGAGCAGCUCGUCGAGUAGCUCAGACUCCAGUUCUUCGAGCUCGUCACCCCCGAAAAGACCUCGGCGCAAAGCCGCAGCAAAAAGAGAAGCUCCGGCAAAGAAGAAAUCAGUAUCAAAAAAGAAAAAGCCGACGCCGCCGAAGAAGAAACCGGCUGCGAAGAAAAAGGCCCCGGCACGAAAGAGAACGACGAAAGGGAAACCUUCGACGAAAGAGGAGCCCUCUGUGGAAAAAGAAAUAACCCCCGAACGAGCAGCUGAAGGAGUCCAAACGAGGAGUAAGACGCGCAGCGAAUCAAAGUCGGUAGAAGAGGGAGAAAUUACUCAGUCGAGCCAAGAGGUGCUCGAGCUGGCGGCGAGUUCGAACGAGGUGGAGGAGCUCGCGGCGAGCACGCCACCGCCACCGCCAAGCGACCCGGCCCCGUGUCAGCCACCGCCACCGCCGAGCCCGGUGUUACGAGAACAGCUACCGGGUGUUGCCCAGGUAAACGCGCAGGAACGAGCGCGACUAGUACUGAUUGAGCGAGAGGCGCAAUAUCGCCAUAAUAUUGAAGAGAUGCUGCGCGAGCUUGAUCAACAAGAGGUGAAUGCGCAGGCGGGCUACUUGGAGCCACUGCCGGUAGAAGAGUGCUUCGUACCGGUCGAGCAGCGACCACCACAUCCCGCCCCAGUGUGGAUUUUGGCUAGCUUCCAGGUGGAACCGGACGGGCAGCGAUAUUAUCGUAACGUAUGGUUCCCGGUCACUCGCGAUACGCUGCAAUUGGCCAUGCAGAGCAGAGGGAUCAUCUUAGAUGAUAACUUGACGGCGCGGGAUGAUUCAUUUUACGAACGAGACGGAGCAGCGGGCCUGAUCGGACGAUACUGGCGGGAAGGAGUAGCUUUCUAUGGUAUAAACUCGUUUAUAGUAAUUGGAGAUAGUUUAGCGCACGCGCUAGUUAGCGAGAUAAUUUUUCAAAACCGAGAGGAGAAAGAGGCAUGGAAGAUCCACCCCAUGUCUGGCUCUCGAAUACCGAUUACGACGAUAAGGAAGAAUCUUCGGAGAUUCGUACUGCGGUCGCCUCAAAGGGUGAUUAUGUCCAUUGGUCAGUACGAGACAGAAAAAGAGGAGCUUGAAGAGAUCAAGAUACGCAUCAGAGAACUGUGGCAGACUAUGUUUAGACAUGGAACUCGCCACAUCUUGAUGGUACCGCCGGUAACGUGGCCGCAGUGUCCGGUGAGGAGGAACGAGUUGAGACAAUUUCUACGAGAAAGCCCUGGUGAUUAUUUCCCAGGCAGGUACGUUUACCUAGAAGGUCUCGAAGAGGUGGUAAAUCGAGUCCCUCCGACAGUAUUCCGUGGACCGACUCCAUAUCUAAAUGAGCACCAAGUAAGCGAGGCGCUCGUGCGAGUUUUCGAAUAUGCCAGUAUAGAGAGAAGGCACGCUUACGGCCACUUGGCAAGGGAGCGCGAUCCACCGCGACCUACGGAUGAGCAGCGUCGAGAUCAAAUUGAUAGAAGUCACGAAUUACGACGACACGACCGAGAAGCGCGCGGACACGUGGACAGAAACGCGGUAAUGGAGAGAUUGGCGCAUGAAGUCCAUGAGAGAGAUCUCAUAGACAGAGUGCAGGCGCAAGAGUAUCGAAACCCGAAUCGGAGACCGCUGCCGGAGCCGAACAUGAACGUCCGAGAAUUUGAACCGGCACCGAGGCCACGAGUAGCUCGGGAGGAUCGAAGGUGGCAGCAAGCAGCGCAGGAUAGACCAGCGGCCCAAGAGCAGUGAGUAGCUCGCGAUGAACGAAUUCAGGCCAUCGUGCAACAGCCAAUUCGACAAAAUGUCCCCGAGCAGCAGCGUCAGAACCCCGAGCAGCAGCCAGAGAAUCGAAUGCCGCAGCCAGCAGCGGUACCGGCGAUUGGUGUUGGUCUGGGUAGAGGACGGCUAGCCGAAAGAAGAGAAAUUAGACGACGAGAUGCUGAGAUGGCUCAGCGCCAAAAUAACCAGAAUCUGGAAAAUCACCGUCGGUAAAGAGUAGCGACCGGAAAUGGGUUAGAAUUCGUCUGUAAUAGUUCCUAGUUGAGUCAAAAAGAGGAGAAGACUGUAAAUUUUGUUAUUUUUAUAAUUUUUUUUGAGAAUGUAAUUGUUUUUUUUGUUUUCGUUUGCCAAAAGAGAAGCCAAAAGAGAAGAAUUGGUUCUUCCCAUAUUGUUUUUUACGAGUAGAUGGGAUUGUUCUUGUUAUUUUAUUUUACUUUUUGCAUUUUUUGAAUGUUUUGGUGCACUAAUAAAGAGAAAGUGGUGCCAAAUUGAAUGUUUAGUGAAUUUGUUUGUUGUUUUUUUUUCUCUCCACAUGCGUGAAUUUUUGUGUUGAGAUGUUUUGUUAUUUUUGAAUUAGGCAAACGAGCAUGUAACAAAGAGAAAGAUGUAAAUUUGGAUUGUUUUUUGUUUGUGUUUUUUGUUGAUCAUCAUAAGAGUAGCCAAAAUACGAGGUGAAAAAUGUGAUAUAAAAUAAAACUUACGCAAUGAGUAUUGAAGUUUUUCAUUUCGCGAACCAAUGUGUUUGAACGGGAAUGGAACCAAAGAGCAGCUCUACCAACGAAAUACCUGUGAAAAGAAAAAAGAGAAAAAACAAAGUACAAAGUUUUUUUUCUCGAAAAAUGGUAAAAUAGAAGUAAAAAUAUUACGUCCCGUGACAGGUAGCAACGAGUAGACUGCAUGAAUAAUACGAGUAGCUGGAGUUAGCGUGCGUGAACUGGUCCAGACGUGUUGAAGGUCCAGCACCUGGGAAAAAACAGAGUGUUAAUAUUCGGAGGUAGACUAUGAGUAGGUGAAAGAGUAGUUACCUGAGUCUGGAAGCAGUCAAGUAACGAGUUGAACUCCAGCGAAAAACCUGGAACAGAGAGAAAGAAAAGAGUUGAAUUAUUCGAGUAGCUCACCUGAGUGGUUUCACAGGGUUCGAGUCAAGAAGAAGUUCCAGAGUUCCAGCCAAGUUCCGGUCCAGACAAUGGUAUGAUGUAUAAGAUUAGCAUAGUGAUAAAAUUCGAUUGUAAUAUUAUUAUUAAUACAAAUGUUUAGAUAUGUUAAUCUUAAGAUCGCGAAAUUGUACAAAGAUUCUGCAAGAGUAGCCAGAUAGGGAUGUAGGGCCAUAUAACGAGCAGGCCACUUCUGGCAUACGAAGCGGGGCAGGAGGAGCCCAAGUACUCUACGAGACGCUGAGUAGGCCUCUUUUAGGCUGCGUAUCCAGUCGGGCCCCCGAGCUAUACCCAGCCGGGGCAUUAUGUAGAGGGUACUUGGGACUCCAUGUUACCACUCUACAGUGGUAAUUUGAUGCCCAGGUCGGAGGCUGCACUGAACCAGGUGCAACGCCAUCUGGUGGACUGGUUCAGGGAAGCUGACGGCCGAGAGUAAGUUACAGAGUUGCUUCGCAGUUUUCCAAUCUUCUUCUAACGAGCAAGAUAGAGCUUUUACGCUAGCUUGGAGAACGUUCAUGCCUUUAAGCAGAAUCUUUCGUUGUUAUAUGAAUGGUAGUAAUUGUACAUUGUAGCAACAUGUACUAUAAACCUUGUUCAUGUGCUUGAAUAAAUAUUCAGAGUAAA